AUGUCGACCCAGUCAGGUAUAACUGCUUCGGAGGCUGUUGUUUCCGAAUGCACGUCGUUUCUUCGUUCCCCAACAAGACGGGCAUUGAUUCUCAAGAUUGACACUGUGACACUUUCAAUAAAGGUCCAAGAAUCCGUCCAAUGCAGUGACUUCUCCACGGAUCUCAAGCAGUUAACAGAGAACCUGACAUGUGACGAGUGCUGCUACAUUCUCUUACGCCAUGAUGCCGAGAAACAUGCGUUUAUCUCCUAUGUUCCGGACAAUGCAAGUGUGCGUUCAAAGAUGUUGUAUGCGUCAACGAAAAACACCCUCUUACAGGAACUUGGUAGUGGCCUCUUUGACCCAAUUCUAUUUAUCAACUCGCCUGAGGAGCUGUCCCCCCAAUCGUGGAACAAGAUCAUGGGCAGCGGCAACGUCAAGGCAUUGUCAGAGUCCGAAGAGAGUUUACAGGCUGUCAAAGACCACCAACUCUACGCCACGUCCAACCCAAGACGACUCGCCAAUGAUAGCAACAACACUCUAAGUUUCCCCCUCGAUGACCAACUCCAUGACGCUGUUGGUGGCUUGGCAAAUGAGGUGCUCAUUACCGCCGUCAUUGACAAUGAGAGACUGGUCCUUGCAGAGAAAUCGUGUGUCCCCGUGGACGGUAUAGUCGAAGCAAUUGGAAACUUCCACUCGCCAGCCUACCAUUUGUACAAUUAUCAGGAAAGGAAAACAUUUAUUCUCACAUGUCCCUCUGGUUCAAAAGUUAGGGAGAGAAUGUUGUAUGCCUCCAACAAACAGGGGUUUCUGAACUCACUCAAGAGUCAAGGCUUGGAGUUUACAAAUGUUGUUGAAGUUGGAGACGCUUCUGAGCUCGAAACCUCGGAGAUCACUGGAGCUCCGGUAGAGGAUGCAAACAAGCCUUUGGGUCUGAGGUUUGCCAAACCUAAGGGACCAAGGAGACGCUGA